CGGAGGGGCUCCUGCCGCCGCCGCCCGCCGCCCUCGCCAUGUCGCGCUCCUUCUAUGUGGACUCGCUGAUCGUGAAGGACUCGGCGCCCGCCCUGCCCGCCGCCCCCGAGCCGCCCCCUCCGCCCGGCCACGACUUCCUCCUGCCGCUGGGCGUGCCGGCGCCGCUGCUCCGCUCCGUGGCAGCCGCCGGGGCCGCCUGCCCGUCGCGCAAGACCGGAGCCGGCUUCUGCCUGUGCCCGCUCUGCCUCGCCUCGGCCCACCUGCACGCCUCGGCCCGGGCCACGGCAGGCGCCGCCGCCGCAGCGGGAGGAGGGGCCGCCCCGGCCGCCCUCCCCCUGCUCAAGGGCCACUUCGCGCCCGUCGGGGCGGCCGUCGGCGGCAACGGAGAAGGCCACUACUGUCCCCGCGUGGGGCAUGCCCAGCACCCGCCGGCCCCGCAGCAGCAGCAGCAGCACCAGGCGGCGGCUCACGCUCUGGGGCACCCCCCGGUCUGCGCGGCGGCCGCCUACAGCAUGAGCGACCCUCGGCGAUUCCACUGCCUCGGCAUGGGAGGGUCCGACGGCAGCCAGCUGACCAACGGCAAGCGCAUGCGCACGGCCUUCACCAGCACGCAGCUGCUGGAGCUGGAGCGGGAGUUCUCCUCCAACAUGUACCUGUCCCGCCUGCGGCGCAUCGAGAUCGCCACCUACCUCAACCUGUCCGAGAAGCAGGUGAAGAUCUGGUUCCAGAACCGGCGGGUGAAGCACAAGAAGGAAGGCAAAGGCGCCCAGAGGAACACGCACGCCGGCUGCAGCUGCGCCGCCAACCCGGGCCGCUUCCCCAGGUCGGAGGACGAGGAGUCCCUCUCGCCGGCCUCGGCCAACGAGGACAAAGAGAUCUCGCCUCUAUGAAAAGGCCCUGCCGGGACUCCGAUGGCCCUUCUUGCCGGGACUGCCCCCAUUACCUACUUUUGAGGGAGCUGGAGUCGGCAGAACCAAUUUGGGGGCGAGCCGGACCUUCUGCAAAAGGGGGACACGACCACACGCCCUUCAGUGUAGUCCCCUCGGCACUGAGAAGCGGAGAUUCUUGAAUGUUAAAAAAAGGAGGGUUCAGAUACUACUGCAUUCAUGUCACAAAACUGUUGCAACUCUGUCUAUGUCCCCCCCCCCCAACUUGUUCCUCUCUUUCUCCUCCCCAAAUUCUUAGUUGGGAUGGGGGUUUUCUCACUGGUGAUGGGGAGUCCAGAAAGUGAAUCACUGCCCACAGGAGGAAUCCAAAUUAGAGUAGCUCAGAUGCUCUGAUUUGAGUGUGAAUAGUUUUAUAUUAAAUUUAUAUUUAUAUUUAUUUAAAUAAAGGAGGUCAGCCGAGAACUGAGAAGUUUUGGGUGUUUCCAAGGAUGACUGGAUGGGAAACGAAAUUUUAAAAAGGCUUCUAUUUGUCUAAAGGACAAACAGGGUUAUAUUUAGGCAACUCUGACUCCGUUUCUGUUCAGAACUCAAAUCAGUGUACAAUUCGUGGUUCAGGCACUGGUAGUUGAAGUUUUUAAUUUUAUCAUGAGGGGAAACACCAUACAGUGUUGGCAGAGCACCCCUAAUCAGGAGUGUGUGGUAACUAAAGCAUAACUAAUCUGUGUUAAGUAAUUCAGAAUAUUUGCUAUGAUACAGUGAGGAUUAGAUGAGGAUCCACCUGUGCACAUUCUUUCAAACGUCCCAAGAACCAAGAGACAUUAAGUGUUCCUUUGGAAAUCAGCCACUGAGAGAAUAUGAAUUUUUGUCCAUUCAUUCUCUAAGGCCCAUUCUGCACAUGCAGAAUAAUGCACCUUCAAUCCAAUUUCAGUGCACUUUGCAGCUGGAUUUUACUGUGCGGAAUAGCAAACUCCACUUGCAAACAGUUGUGAAAGUGGAUUGAAAGUGCAUUAUUUGGCAUGUGCGGAAGUGGCCUCAGUUACAUGUGACAAAUCUAUCAUUAGAAACAGCUCUGCUAUUGCAAGGCCAUUUUUACUGCCCUGGAGGGCAAUUUUCCUGUGUGGGUUGGAUUGGGCUGGCCAUUCUGUUGAAACUGACUGAUUCUAAUCAAGGUACCCCCCCCCCUUAAAACUAUAUAAACAUGAGAAUUGCAGCGCUGAAUCAAACCAGCUGCCCCCAUUUCGUGUUCUCAGGGUGGCUGUCCGCAAGCAGAGAUUUGAAAGUGAGGUCACAACCAUCUUUGCAAGGUUAUUAGAGGUGAAGUGCUGGAUUUUGGUAUCACUUAUAUUCUUGAUAGCUGUCACAUACCUGUAAUGUGGUUUUUAUGAAGGAGAGUCAACUGGAUUCACUUAAACACUUGUGAGAUUCUGGCAUGAAAAUCAAUGUAAACGUGGAUCAGAGCCUGCUGAGUGACCUCGAGCCAGCCAAAUUCUCUCAGAACUCUCUCAGCCCAAGCGUAGGCAGGCUAAAUAAACCUAGAACCUUUAUUCUACCCCAGAAUUGGUCCAAGGAAUGUAGCCAGCAUGGUGUAGUGGUUAAGAGCAGGUGGAUUCUGAUAUGGAGAACUAUGUUUCAUUCCCCACUCCUCCACAUGAGCAGCAGACUUUUAUCUGGUGAACUGGAUUUGUUUCUCUACUCCUACAUUCUUCAACAGCACCAAGCAUUUAGUGCAAUUGUGUAACACAGCUCCCAAAAAAGUACUGUGUGGUAUGCAACUGUUGACUUGAUCUUUUCAUAUACAACAUCUGUGAAGCUUCAGAAAUUGUGGUGUAAGCAACAGAUUCUGUGGUAGAUCAACAGUGCUUCACACAGAAAGUCCUGGGUUCGAUUCCCAGCAUCCAGUAUCAGUCAGAAGAGACAAUAAUGAUCUUGAUAGACCAGUAGUUUGAUUCAGAAGAAGACAGUUGACUUGUGCAAUGUGAUCGCAUCAUGUGUCUGUUACCAUAUGUGGGAUGUCAGUUGCAUGGAAAGAUUCCUGAAACCCUGGACAACCAACAUCAAACACAGUAAACAAUAUUGGUCUAGAUCAGGGGUCUGCAACCUGUGGCUCUCCAGAUGUUCAUGGACUACAAUUGGCCAUGCUGGCAGGGGCUGAUGGGAUUUGUAGACCCCUGGUCUAGAUGGGCCAAUUGACCUGAGCUGGCAUCAGGUCAAUUCAUAUACAGAAUUGUCUCUUCUGUUUCUACUAAGGGGAGUAUUGAUAACUUUAGUUUUCUUACUGUUGGUACAAGAUAAAUGAGUAACUUGAAAGCAAUGUAUGUUAGAAAUCAUUGUAUGUCAAAUGUAGUGCUUAUAACAUUAAACAUCUGUGGAAAUACGGAAACAGGCAGGAUAUAAAUGGUUGAAAGUAAAGUAGCGUAUGGUGAAACUCACAAGCAGUUAUUUUGCGAUGAAGCCACACAUCGCAUGAAAAGCCCAUGAACUUCUUAAUAGUUGCCUCCCCGGAGGCUUCAAGACAAGCAUUGGUGUACCUGUACGUUUUUUUUAGCUUUAUUUCAAAAAAUAACAGUAAAAACUAGCACAUUAAA